AUUAAUAAUUAAAAGAUAGCAUAAAUUGGAAGGUUAGUUAGUGAUUGAGAACACUUUUUCCCAUAACGUUACUAAUAAUAGAGAUCCACAUCAUAAUUCACAUUCACAUCCACAUGCCAAAAGCUUAGUUCUAACUUCCCUAUUUCCAACUUCACGACCCUUUGUAUGGCUUCUGACUCUGUCCCUGAAAAGAUGAAAGAUCGUUUAGUCGUAGAAGACGAAUACAUCUUCAAAGAAGAGAUCCAUUUCACAGUCCUCAAAACCUCUCUUUUCUUCUCCGGCGAUGGUUUCGCCGUCUAUGAUUGUGACGGAGAAAUUGUCUUCCGAGUUGACUCAUAUGGACCCAAUAGUCGCGACCUUGACGAACUCGUUCUCAUGGAUACCGACGGCUGCUGCCUCCUCACCGUUCGUCGCAAGAGGCCGAGUUUGCAUCAACGGUGGGAAGGCUUUAAAGGGGAAAAAAUGGACGAUGAUAAACCAAUCUUCAGCGUGAAGAGAUCAUCGAUUAUCGGACGGUCAAGUACGGGAGUAACGGUGGAGAUGUACGAUAGCCCUGGUGAGGACUACCAUAUUGAAGGGUGUUACUCGCAGCGUUGUUGUACGAUUUUCAACAUGAAGAAGGAAUCGGUGGCUGAGAUUCGUCGCAAGGUGGACCCCACCACGAGUGUUAUGCUUGGGAAGGAAGUUUUCUCUCUUUGCAUUAAGCCUGGUUUUGACGCGGCUUUUGCAAUGGGAUUCGUGCUCGUCCUUGAUCAAAUUAGCGGUGACGAUUACUUUGAUGAUGAUGUAACUGCGGAACCUACGGUGCACCCUGCUGCAGAAGAUUAAGAAGAUAGAGUAAACAAAUGCAUUUGCGUUGCGUUAACUACGCUGGGGCUUUCUUUAAUUUAAUCCGUGAAUCAAUCUUUCGAGUGUCUCACGUAGGGAGACUCUGCCCCUUCUUUUCCGGGUCAUGCCCUUCAAAGAAAACCCUUUUCAAUUUCCUAUGUAAAUCUUAUAUUCAUAAAAAUACACAUUUAUGAAGCUGCGCUUAUCUAUUCUCAAUCAAUUAGCAUUUUUUUUUUGAGUA